UGCGCAUGCUCACGCAGCCUGUAUAGUGUCGACCGCUGACGUGAAUAUUUGCAUAUCGCUCGUAAUAUACCGAUUUCGCCGGAAUGAACGGGACGCCCCCGCCGCCGCCUUUAGACCGGGAGGAGCACACAUUAAGACUAGGAGAGAGCUUCGAGAAGAAGCCACGCUCCUCCUUCCACACAGUGCGAUAUGAUUUUAAGCCAGCCUCUAUCGAUACCUCUUGUGAGGGAGAACUUCAAGUUGGCAAAGGUGAUGAAGUCACCAUAACUUUACCGCAUAUCCCGGGCUCAACGCCUCCUAUGACUGUCUUCAAAGGGAAUAAGAGGCCCUACCAGAAGGACUGCGUGCUUAUAAUAAAUCAUGACACUGGAGAAUAUGUCCUGGAAAAACUGAGUGGCAGCAUACAAGUCAAGAAAACUAGGGCUGAGGGUAGCAGCAAGAUACAAGCACGCUUAGAACAACAGUCUGCUCGUUCUUCACACCCAAGCUCCCAGUUCAAGGCACCAUCUAAACCCCCUACUGGUCCUAAAACCUCUCCAGUGAAGGAUCAUCCAUCUCCAGAGCCUCAGCUGGACGACAUCAAGAGAGAACUAAGGGCAGAGGUUGAUAUGAUUGAACAGAUGAGCAGCAGCAGUGGAUCCAGUUCUUCUGAAACAGGAAGCUCCUCAGGGAGCGAUGAUGACAGUUCCAGCAGCGGAGCAGAAGAUGACACACACACAUCCCCUUCUCAGCAGUAUGGCAACCGAACAUCCAUUCCCAAUGGUACCAACAGAGCCCAGGGAUCCAACCAGCUUAUUAACACUCUCCGAAAUGACCUCCAGUUAAGUGAAUCAGGAAGUGACAGUGAUGACUAAAGAAGACAGCUUAAUCGUAUAUAUUUUAUCUCAUCAUCUGCAGAGAAAUAUCCACAUUCACACCCGCUGGAGAACAUCAGGUUUUUAGCUACUGGCUCUUGAAAAAAAACAAGGGUUUCAAUUUUGCUAAUUCAAGAAUGGACACUUUAUUUUUCUUUAUGAAGUAGACCUGGUCAAAAAGCUAUUGCGAGUUUUAGUAAUUAAGAACUCUUUGCCACCAUGUUGGCAGAAAGCUUGGAGAGCUCUUGGACUGAAUUUAUGUAGCGGACAUUGUUACCUGUUAAUCUGAACUGCUAUUCCAUUUAAAAUGCCACCACAGUCUUCAUAACAUUUGAGAAAAUGUGAAGUCUGUUUUCUCUGCACUAGCUUGUAGGUGUGUAAUUAAUGAUUUAAAAAAUGUUCCUGUGUGUAUAUAUAUAUAUUAAUUUUAACUCUGUAUUUAUGUAUUGGAAAGAGAUAAAGCGUUUUCAAGUAC